CAUUUCCAACAAAAGCCAAGCGCAUGCAGCUGCAACUCAAGGGGCGCCAAGUCGGCUCAGGACGUGACGAAAAUCCGCGAAAUUUGCCCGCCUUUUUUUCUUUUUUUCUAAAGAAGCCGCCAAAAAACGGGUUCAUACAUUAAAUUGUCCUCCAGCUUCACAGCACCGACCCGGUCCUCAGAGCACACCGAAGACCGACCGGAACCUUCGGGAGCCAGAAGUCCCAACAUGUUGAGCGAAAAAGGAGCCAGAAGUCCUCCCUGUGAUCGAGGUCAGGCUGUUGCCAUCAUCUUCUUCAUUCUGGGGGUGGAAACAUUACUGCCCUGGAACUUCUUCAUCACGGCAUCAGAGUAUUUUAAUGGACGCCUCAACAACAACAACAACAACAGCAGCAGCCGAAACGCAACAAUGAUGGACGCGUCAAAAGGUUACAACUAUGACUGCUGGAUGUCUCUGCUCUCCCAGCUGCCCCUGCUGCUCUUCACUCUGCUGAACUCUUUCAUUUACCAGUGGGUGAAGGAGCAUCUGCGCAUGGCCUUCAGCAUGGUCGCCAUCUUCAUCUUCUUCUUGCUCACUGCUGCUCUGGUCCAGGUGGACAUGCAGCCGGACACUUUUUUUUCCAUCACCAUGACAACCAUCUGGUUCAUCAACAUGUUUGGAGCUGUUCUGCAGAGCAGUUUGUUCGGCGUCGUCAGUCAGUUCCCUCCACGCUACAGCACUCUGUUCAUGAGUGGUCAGGGUCUGGCGGGGAUCUUUGCUGGAAUCGCCAUGCUCUGCUCUAUCUUCAGUAAUCCAGAUAGAACAUCGGCUGCACUGGGAUACUUCAUCACACCGUGUUUUGCCACGCUGGUGUCUUUGGUCUGUUACAUGAUGCUCCCACGCCUGGAAUUUGCACGUUUUUAUCUGAGUAGAAAUCAAUCCGAUAAAGGGGAGGCAGCACAGGAGCUCAUCAGCUCAGACCAAAAAGUAUUGAGCUCUGAGAAGAAAGACUUGGAGGCCAACGGGAAGAUCACGAGUCGUGGAGCAGAGAGGGAGCAGCGCGCUUCUGUCUUUGCAGUCUUUAAAAAGAUCUGGGUGAUGGCUCUGUGUGUAACCUGGAUCUUUGCCGUCACCCUCGCUGUGUUUCCAGUCAUCACGGUCCGCGUUCAGACGGUCUACGUGGGUUCCAAAUGGGCUGAUGUGUUCACCUGUGUUUGCUGCUUCAUUGUUUUUUACAUCAUGGAUCUUCUGGGUCGUGGCGCUCCAUCUCUCAAACAGUGGCCAUCAAAGGAGAGCAGCCUGUUUCCCAUCGUCGUCUUCCUCCGUGUGAUCUUCAUCCCUAUGCUCAUGAUGUGCAAUAUCAAGGACUCCAAGCUGCCCAUCUUCUUCAGGCACGACUCUGCCUUUGUGGUCAUCAUGGCUCUGUUCUCCUUCACCAACGGAUACUUGGCGUGUCUAUGCAUGUCCUACGCUCCACAGUUGGUGAGGUGUAAGGACUGCGAGACGGCCGGCUCCCUGAUGACCUUCUUCCUUGCGUUGGGGCUGGCUUUGGGAGCGGGCUUCUCAUUCCUGCUCGGUGGAUUGGUUUAGCCAAACUCACCAAUGGUCAAGAUCAAAACCACAUUUGAAAUUUUGUUUUUAUUCUUUUAUUUGUAUUUUCAUUCAUUCAUUUUUUUUACUUGAAUAUAAUGUCAGAUUUGUUAAGUGGCAGCUAAAUCAAAGCUAAACCUGCUAAAAGCAUAACAGUGUUGGGUAAAACGUGUCAUACACUCACUCACAAAGCUCCACUGGUGUAUGAAUGUGUACGAAUGUCUCAUUAUGGUAGGCGCAAACUGGCAGCCACACCUCUGUCAGUCUGCCGCAGGGCAGCUGAGGCUUCAUCAGUAGUUACCAUCACCAAGUAUGAAUGAGGAGUGAAUGACGAAUGGACACAUUGUAGGCACCAAGAAAAAGCGCAGAGAAAUCUAAUCCAUUAUAAACUAAAAAAAUAAAACAAAAAAGAAGUGAUAUUUUCUUAGUAUUAAGACAUAAAAAAAUGAACCUGGAGCACCACUGAGGAAAAGGUCUGAAAUUACUUCGAAUAAUUCUGGUGCCCAAACUUUGUAAUAUUCUGAAGGCCUCUCUAACUGUUCCUGUUUCCUGUGGAAACCUCAGGUUUGUUCUUGCAGCUUGAAAACAAUUUUUGUGACUCAGACACAUCACUUUAUGGAUGUGAAAACCCAUGGUGGUAAAGCCCACCAUUUAAAAAUGUAUUUCAAAUUGAAGUUAAAAUUCGGUAUGACAUGGAAUCGUAAAAAUACCUACCCACGUAUAUAAACUCCUGAUAUUAAAAUUUGUCACCUUCACAGACACUGCCAUUUUCAAUCCAAGUUUGUUUUCCUGUCAAUGUAUAUGUUUUUUUUCUUUUCCAUCAGCUCCUUUCAUUUUUGUUAAGGCAAACAUCUUGAACCAACCAAAAGGGAAAUAUGAAUGAACUGAUGUCAAUUUUAUGUUCUAAUUUUUUUUUUUUACUUUUUUAAUAAAUAAAAACUGAUUUUAGUUUUA